GAGUGAUAUAGGUUUUUCGAAUUACUAUAAAUAAUCAAAACGUCGCAAUUGACGGGUCUAGUCAGACAUAAAAACUCGUUGUUGUGGGAAAAAAAAUUCCAAAUUCUUGUGUUGGCAGCGCCAUUGUGCAGCUUUCAUAAACUAUAUUUCGUGUGACGCAAUAGGAAUUCGUCCUUUCUGUCGCGCUACCCGUGAGUGGAACAUGUCGUAUACGUCUGAACGAAGGAACGAGGACCAAUGGCAGGGCGAAUCAAAAAAUGGUCCAAGUGAAAAUGAGGAAUCUACCUACGAUGGCCCACCAGGAAUGGAACCCGAUGGCGUCAUCGAAUCCACCUGGGAGGAAGUCGUCGAUAAUUUCGAUGACAUGAACUUGAAAGAAGAGCUGCUGCGUGGUAUAUAUGCUUAUGGUUUUGAAAAACCUUCCGCGAUCCAGCAACGCGCAAUCCUUCCUUGCGUGAAGGGACUCGAUGUUAUUGCUCAGGCCCAAUCUGGUACUGGCAAGACUGCGACGUUCUCUAUUUCUAUUCUGCAGCAAAUUGACACGACUGUCCAUGAAUGCCAAGCAUUGAUUCUCGCUCCUACCCGUGAGCUGGCUCAGCAGAUUCAAAAAGUAGUUAUUGCUCUCGGUGACUUCAUGAAUGCGCAGUGCCAUGCAUGUAUCGGUGGUACGAAUGUGCGCGAAGAUAUGCGCAAACUUGAAUUGGGCGUUCACGUUGUCGUUGGUACACCCGGCAGAGUUUAUGACAUGAUAAGUCGACGCGCUUUACGCACAAACUUCAUCAAGCUUUUCGUUCUCGAUGAAGCCGAUGAAAUGUUGUCUCGUGGAUUCAAAGAUCAGAUCCAGGAUGUCUUCAAACUGCUCCCUAACGAAGUGCAGGUCAUUUUGUUAUCCGCUACGAUGCCGAAUGACGUAUUGGAAGUAUCGAAACUUUUCAUGCGUUCGCCAAUAACCAUUCUCGUAAAGAAAGAGGAAUUGACGCUGGAAGGUAUCAAGCAAUUCUUCAUUUACGUCGAACGUGAGGAAUGGAAGCUCGAAACACUUUGCGACUUGUACGAGACUCUGAGUAUCACCCAGGCCGUAAUAUUCUGCAAUACUCGGCGCAAGGUCGACUGGUUGACCGACAACAUGCACAGUCGUGAUUUCACCGUAUCGGCCAUGCACGGAGAUAUGGAGCAGCGCGAGCGUGAUCUCAUCAUGCGACAAUUCCGUAGCGGAUCCUCUCGAGUGCUUAUUACAACCGAUCUUCUUGCUCGAGGAAUUGACGUUCAGCAAGUUUCUCUUGUUAUUAACUACGAUCUUCCAGGCAACCGAGAGAACUACAUUCACAGAAUUGGUCGCGGUGGACGUUUCGGUCGUAAGGGAGUAGCAAUCAACUUCGUGACCAAUGAUGACAAGAGAACAAUGCACGAUAUCGAGACAUUCUAUAACACCAGAAUCGAUGAAAUGCCAACAAAUGUCGCGGAUUUGAUCUAAAUCGCAUGAUCAUUGGCUAAAAUUUCAUUAUAAUAAAAAAAAAAAGAAAAAAAAAUAACAGAAAACAAAAAAUAAUACCGAGCUAUAUCAGCUGAUCUCUCAUGGUGUGUGAGUAUAUCGUUAUAUACUUGGGUUGAGUUUAAAAGUGAAUCCGUAAGCGCUUUGUGUAACGCGAUUUCACGAAAAUUAUUGUCCUCAUCUGAAAUUCGCUUUUUUCUGAGAAACAAAAUAACAGAACAAAAAAACCUAAUAAGAGUGAGUUUGUGGAAUUACGAUAGGUAGUUCUUUCCCGUUUACGACGAAAAAAAGGAAAAACAACCGUCUACGAAAUAUCUUACGUCCCUCAAAGACCGCUAAUAAUACCAGUUACUGGCUAAUACUACUGUAAUAAUUAAUUAUUAGCAUUAAUAUUAAUAUCAAUUACUCAUGAUCUACUUCUAUUGAUGAAAAAAAAGUUAAAAGAAAGGACGCGUAUACAGAGGAAAGAUAAAAAAAAACGAAGAAGGAAGGGGGAAAAAGUUUGGAUAGUUCGGCCCGUGCCGGAGGGCCUAGACCGAGCAGCAUCGCUCUCGUUGCUCGCUCGCUCUCUCUCUCUCUCUCUGUUGACCCUCCACCGGCCGGAUUCCACCAUCCCGUAGAAACAUUGAAAUAUUAACCAGGUUCUUUUGAUUUUUCUUGUAUCUUUAUUUUCUUUUUUGCUCUCUCUCUCUCUCUCUCUAUCUUUCUUCAAAAUGUUCCGUCGAAUUUUGUGUUUUUUCACGAUGUUCGAUGUCACGAACUACCUCGGGUUUAUUCUUCUUUCUCUUACGAUACAUUCGACCGCGUAUUUACGAGAAGAAUCAAUAGAGAGACGAAGAAUAAUCUCGAACGAAUAUCCUGAUUCUAAAGGAUCGAUACAGCCUCGUCUACGACUCGUUUGUCUCGGCAGAGGUUUGGUUGGAUUUUGGAAGGGCUUUUUCAAUCACAAGCGCUCUCGGAGAAGAUUGUAUUUAGUACCGGGAUAGAUAGUUUCAAUUUUGUAUAUCUUAUAUAUCAUAGGAGUAACCAUUUAUAUACUGCUAUGAGAAAAAAAGGAAAGAGAAGGGAAAACAAAAAAUAAUAAUAAUAAUAAAGUCUUUGACCUCUCAUGCCAAAUGUUUAUUGACCGUGAUUUUAAGCGCUCUUGUAAUGCGUGUACUUUAUUAAACUUUUUGAGUUAAACUCCUUGCAGCUCCCGAUUAAAUUUGAAGAGAAAAACAAUACGAGAAAAGAACCUGAUCGACGGACAAACGCAGUCAACGCGAGUAAAAUCGAGUACCGACUUGUCAUUUUUCCUUCAACUUUUUUUGUUCGUGUAUUAUAAUUUUGUGACAUUCCAAAAACCAAAAAAAAAAAAUAAUUAGAGUGAAAAAGAUACAAUUGUUAUUUUUCUUUGAUGUAGAAUUGUCUCGUGUAUUCGCAGGGCAUAUAUGAAAUCAGUCUAGGAGUGGAAGUCCAUUCUGUUUCCCCAAUUAAUGAAUAAAUCUCCUGAAUUAACGAUUUCUCCAAACGUAUAUGGGAAUCUGAUAACGAAGUUAUUUAUUGAUCGGUUGUCCUCGGUUUUAUAAAAUAAUCGUAGAAUCAUUAUUUAAUCUUUUAUUGAUAAAUAAACACAACAAUUGUGAAAAUACAUGAUUCACCUAUCAAUCGGUUGUGGAUUAUUAACGCUUUGCCAUCGUAAUAUAAUUUGCUGAUUUUUCGGUUUUUCUUUUUGUACAUUUUUUGUAACAACAUAUUCAUUGUAAAUAUUAUCGAUUUGAUGAGCAACGGACUCUGGGGAUCUUGUUAGAUUUUCAGAUUUUUCACAAUGAUUAUCGUGUGCAAAAAACGUCUUUUAUUCGAAAACUUCAAAUGUAUAUACCUUGAAAAAUAGCCUCGCAGAUCGUACGCAUUCUCUCUCGUCGAGUUCCAACAACACGAACGAGCCAUCGCGCACGAAAAUUAGUUUCUUUUUUCUCGCAUAAUUCGAGAGAAUUUUCGAACGAGUUGGAAAAUUGACCUCAACAUUUUGUUCGGAGAUGAUAAAACGCUGAAUGAUCCAACUUCCGAGAAAAUAUAGCGUGAACCGAAACAAUCUUCAUUUACGUUGCUCGAGUAUCUCAAAUUCGAAGACACCUAGGAAAUUGAAUUUUCUCCCCUUCUAAUAAUGUCAAGGUACAUAUGAUAGAGCUCCUCGUAGAAUCCGACUGUACGACUGUGAUAGCUUGACAGGCUACAACUCCAUCACGUUACAAUAUGAGAGAUAGAUUCCAGAGAAUUUUAUGAAAUCUUGAUUGCAUUGAUCAACAAAGAAGAUAAAUAAAUGAAAAGAAUACGCCAGUAAUGAGAAUUAAAUGAUAGAAAUAAUGACGUAUGGAAAAAAGUUAAUAGGGGACUCGAGAAAAUCAAGAGGAUGAACACAGUCAACGCAGUCUUGUGCUUUUAACGGAUUGUUGUCUAUAAUAUGUAUUUUCCAAUUAUUGUAAAACAAGCGAUGUAUCAAUAAAUAUUUAUUCAAGGAA